AUGUUACUCUCUUCCUGGCUGCUCCUCAGCCUUGCUGCUGUGACUGCUGCUCAAACUCAAGAAGAUGCCAAGAAAUUUUUGGACAACUUUAACAAGCAAGUCGAAGACCUGUCUUACAAUAGUUCACUUGCUUCCUGGGAUUAUAACACCAAUAUUACCGAUGAAAAUGCCAAAAAAAUGAAUGAAGCUGGGAGCAAAUUAUCUGCCUUUUAUGAAGAACAAUCCAAGCUUGCCCAAAACUUCCCACUACAAGAUAUUACUGAUCCCGAAAUCAAGCUUCAGUUGCAGGCCCUGCAACAGAGUGGGUCAUCAGCACUCUCAGCAGAAAAGCUCAAACGCUUGAAUGAAAUUCUAAACAAUAUGAGCACCAUCUACAGCACUGGAGAAGUUUGCAGGCCAAAUAACCCUAAAGAUUGUUUGUUACUUGAACCAGGUUUGGAUGACAUUAUGGCAAAUAGCAAUGACUAUUAUGAAAGGCUUUGGGCCUGGGAAGGCUGGAGGUCUGUCGUUGGCAAGAAGCUGAGGCCAUUAUAUGAAGAGUAUGUGGACCUGAAAAAUGAGAUGGCAAGAGCCAACAAUUACAAGGACUAUGGGGAUUAUUGGAGAGCAGAUUAUGAAGCAGAGGGAGUGUACAGCCGUGACCAGUUGAUGAAGGAUGUGGAACAGACUUUUACAGAGAUUAAACCAUUAUAUCAACAUCUUCAUGCUUAUGUGAGGACAAAACUGAGAAAGAACUUUAGUCAAAUCGGCUCAUCUGGAUGCCUGCCUGCUCAUAUGCUUGGUGAUAUGUGGGGUAGAUUUUGGACAAACCUGUACCGCUUCACAGUUCCCUAUGGAAACAAACCAAACAUUGAUGUUACAGAUGCAAUGGUGAAUCAGAACUGGAAUGCAGAGAGGAUAUUCAAGGAGGCUGAGAAAUUCUUUGUGUCUGUUAGCCUUCCCAGUAUGACUGAAGGAUUCUGGAAGAACUCUAUGCUAACUGAGCCAACCGAUGGCCGGAAAGUGGUGUGCCAUCCCACAGCAUGGGAUAUGGGACAUAAAGACUACAGGAUCAAGAUGUGCACAAAGGUGACAAUGGAUGACUUCCUGACAGCUCAUCAUGAGAUGGGGCAUAUUCAGUAUGACAUGGCAUAUUCCAUCCAACCAUACCUGCUAAGAAAUGGAGCUAAUGAAGGAUUCCAUGAAGCCGUGGGGGAAAUCAUGUCACUUUCAGCAGCAACCCCUAGCCACUUGAAAGCUCUUGGUCUUCUGCCACAGGAUUUUGUUGAAGACAAAGAAACGGAAAUAAACUUCCUACUCAAACAAGCACUUACGAUUGUUGGAACUCUACCAUUUACUUACAUGUUAGAACAGUGGAGAUGGAAGGCCUUCAGUAAUGAAAUUCCCAAAGACCAGUGGAUGAAAAAGUGGUGGGAGAUGAAGCGAGAGAUAGUUGGGGUGAUGGAACCUUAUACCCAUGAUGAAACAUACUGUGACCCUGCAUCUCUGUUCCAUGUUGCUAAUGAUUACUCAUUCAUUCGAUAUUACACAAGGACCAUCUAUCAAUUCCAGUUUCAAGAAGCCCUUUGUAAACUAGCUAACCAUAACGGUCCUCUGCACAAAUGUGAUAUCACAAAUUCUACCGAGGCUGGCAAGAAGUUGCAUGAAAUGCUGAAGCUAGGAAAAUCGAAGCCCUGGACCGAAGCAUUGAAGAGCGUGGUAGGAUCCACCACUAUGGAUGUAAAACCACUGCUCAAUUACUUUGAGCCCUUGUUUACUUGGCUGAAAGAGCAAAACAAGGAUUCUCAUGUGGGAUGGAACUGUAGUCCACGUAAUGAUGAAAGCAUCAAAGUGAGGAUAAGCCUAAAGAAAGCUCUUGGAGAUGAAGCAUACAAAUGGAAUGAAAAUGAAAUGUACUUGUUCCAGUCAUCUAUUGCGUAUGCCAUGAGACAAUAUUUUUCAAAGAUGAAAAAUCAGACUAUUCCCUUCGGGGAGGACAAUAUUGUAGUGAGUAAUAUUAAACCAAGAAUCUCCUUCACCUUCAUGGUUACCUCACCUGCAAAUGAAUCAAUCAUCAUUCCCAGAGCUGAAGUUGAAGAAGCCAUCAGGAUGUCCCGGGACCGUAUCAACAAAGCCUUCCAGCUGGAUGACAACACUUUGGAGUUUUUGGGGAUUGAAACCACACUGGCACCCCCUUACAAGCCACCUGUCCUCAUCUGGCUGAUUAUGUUUGGCAUUGUAAUGGCAAUAGUAGUGAUUGGUAUUAUCGUGCUGAUCAUCACCGGAAUCAAAGAACGGAAGAAGAAAAGUGAAGUUGAAGCUGAAGAAAAUCCUUAUGACCUCACAGAAUGUACUAUAAGAGAUAAUACUUCAAAUACCCAAAGUAGUGACGCUGCUCAGACGUCAUUUUAG